AAAGAAAUUACUUCUCCCGGAUUUUCUUACCGCGGAUUUUUCCUUUCCUAGAUUUCCCCUCCUUCCUUUCUUUCCCAGAUCUGGGGAACGCGUGAUUUGCUUCGAGAUUGAAGGAGGGAAGUGGGGGGGGGAAAUCAGGAAAUUAGUAGCCCACUUCCCCGACGAAUUUGGAAACGGUUUGAUUGUUUUCAGUCCAGAGGGAAAAAAUGGGAAUGCAAGGAGAAGAAAAGGUGAAUGGAGACGGCGGCAGCAAUGUAAGUAUCAAGUACUCGAGGAUAGACUACGCCGGCAGCGAGGCGGAUACACCGUCGUCGGUGCAAGCGAUUGCCGUGAAGAAAUAUGAUACGAGGAAAUACGUGUUUGCCUGCGCCAUCUUCGCCUCUCUCAAUUCCGUGCUGAUGGGUUAUGAUGUGGGUGUAAUGAGUGGAGCAGUGAUCUUCAUCCAAGAAGACCUCAAGAUUUCGGAAACUGAAGAGGAAGUCCUGGUGGGAAUCUUAAGCAUAGUCUCCCUAUUUGGGAGCUUAAUCGGAGGCAAAACAUCGGACAUCAUAGGCCGAAAAUGGACUAUAGCAUUAUCAGCGGUCAUCUUCCAAUCAGGAAGUGCUAUCAUGGCUCUUGCACCUUCCUUCAGGGUUUUGAUGAUAGGCAGGCUGAUGGCUGGAGUAGGAAUAGGGUUUGGAGUGGCGAUUGCACCGGUGUAUAUAGUAGAAAUCGCGCCUUCAGUUGCCAGAGGCUCCCUAACCUCAUUCCCUGAGAUUUUUGUGAACUUUGGUAUACUCUUAGGAUACAUUUCAAACUAUGCAUUCUCGGACCUCUCGGUCCACAUGAGUUGGAGGGUCAUGCUUGGUGUAGGGAUCUUGCCUUCUAUCUUCAUGGGUUUUGCACUCUUCGUGAUCCCUGAAUCGCCUAGAUGGCUAGCAAUGAAGAAUCGGAUCGACGAGGCAAGAUUGGUGCUUUCCAAGACCAAUGAAAGUGAGCAAGAAGUGGAAGAGAGGUUAGCUGAAAUUCAAGUAGCUGCAGAGGAAGCCAAUGCUGAGAGAUAUGACAAAAAAGAAGUGUGGUUUGAAAUUCUAAACCCAUCUCCAGCAGCCAAGCGAAUGUUAAUCACUGGCUGCGGAAUCCAAUGCUUUCAGCAGAUCACUGGUAUAGAAGCUACAGUUUACUACAGCCCAACAAUCUUCAAGCAUGCUGGAAUCCAAGGGAAUGCUCAGGUUCUCGCUGCAACAGUUGCCGUGGGGUUCACCAAAACUGUGUUUAUCUUGUUUGCCAUAUUCUUGAUUGAUAGACUAGGUAGAAAGCCAUUGCUUUACUUGAGCACAAUUGGGAUGACUAUGAGCUUGCUCUGUUUGAGCUUGACCUUGUCAUUCCUGAGCCAUAAUGGAGGGCUUGGGAUUAGCUUGUCACUGUUAUCGGUCUGCGCCAAUGUGGCUUUCUUCUCGGUGGGGCUCGGUCCCAUUUGUUGGGUGCUUUCUUCGGAGAUAUUUCCGUUGAGGCUAAGGGCUCAGGCAUCUGCUCUUGGAGCCGUUGCUAGCAGGGUGAGCAGCGGUUUAGUCACGAUGACGUUUCUCUCGGUGUGUAGAGCCAUCACAGUUGGCGGGACGUUUUUUGUGUUCGCUGUGAUCUCUGCUCUAGCUGUUCUGUUUGUGUAUCGUUGUGUGCCCGAGACAAAAGGGAAGUCGUUGGAGCAGAUCGUGAUGCUGUUCGAGGAUGGUGGUGCGGAUGGGCAAAGGCCUGAAGUUGAAUUGGGAGAUGCAGAACGAUUAGUAGCGAAGGAAUGAUAUGUGGUUUUGAUGAAUCAUGUUGAAGAGCUUGCGUGGUUGAUAUGUGAGGACUCUUAUAUACUUGUACAAGAAACAGAUAUAUAGAAUGUAGUGCAGCUCAGUUGUUCUUCGAUCUUUAGAGGUGUGGAUUCAAGCUUGAGCGGUAGAUGAACAGUGUGUUGGUGGAUGAGAAUGAGCCGAUCUUAUGAUGUAGAGACUAGAGAGAUGGAAAAGAAGAGUGGAUUAAGUGGGAGUGUGAUCAUGUACAAUAACCAACUCCUUUGCUCCUUUACAAUAUUUUUGUGCUGUAAUACUGAGGAACAGAAACUUGAAUCGUUUGGAUUCUGGACAUGAGUAGAAAUUUGCUUUAUACGAGAUGAAUCGACGAGUAAUGGUAGAACCUCAAUUCGAU